UCACAGUUUGGUGGACCUGCAGGGACACUAUCGAUGCCUGUGCCACCACCUCUGAACUGCCCACCUGGAUUAGAACAUUUAAUUCUGAUAGAUCAGUUACUGGUUCAGCAGCAAGUUGAAAUUCUGGAAGCCAUCACAGGUUUCGAAACUAAUAACAGAUAUGAAAUAAAGGACAGACUGAAACAGACAAUCUACUUUGCCGUGGAAGAUAACGAUUGCUGCACUCGCAAUUUCUGUGGGUAUAAUAGGCCUUUUACCAUAAAGAUCCUUACUCUUUCAGGUCAAGAAAUCAUAAUUCUGAAGAGACCACUACGAUGUAAUAGCUGUUUCUUCCCCUGCUGCCUGCAAAAGAUAGAAGUUCAAGCUCCUCCUGGUGUACCUAUAGGUUAUGUUUCUCAGACCUGGCACCCAUGUUUUCCCAAGUUCAGUGUUCAAAAUGAGAACAGAAAGGAAGUACUGAAAGUUAUUGGUCCAAUUAUGGUGUGUAACUGCAGCACCAGCAUUGAUUUUGAGGUUAAAUCUCUUCAUAAAGGAAMUGUGGUUGGCAAGAUUUCCAAGCAGUGGGCUGGUUUUAUCAAAGAACUUUUUACAAACAGUGAUAACUUUGGGAUCCAGUUUCCUUUAGACCUCGAUGUGAAAAUGAAGGCUGUGAUGCUUGGGGCCUGCUUCCUCAUUGACUUCAUGUUUUUUGAAAAUACUGGAUUACAGAGACCAAAAAUAGGAAUAUGGUAG